AUGCCAGACAAGUCAUAUCCUCGCCCGGACUUUGAGCGAACCUAUCUUCAGUGGGAAUCGCUCAACGGCACAUGGGACUUCAUUUUCGACGACAACGAUGUAGGAUUGCAAAGCCGCUGGCAAGAUUCAGGCCUUCCCAACAAAAUCGCUGUUAAAGCCGCCAGCGCAACUGGCAAAGAUGGAACCGCCAGUGAAAGCGACAGCAUCACCCAACGCAUCGCCGCAGGCACCCAAGAGCUUCUAUCAGGCAACGCAUUCAAGAAGAGCUCCGAGAUUCUCAAUCACAAGCGCCAUAUCCAAGUCCCAUAUGUCUUCCAGUGCCCUGCUUCCGGAAUAAACGACCGCGGUGUUCACGAAGUCCUGUGGUACGAGCGCACCAUUACUGAUCUCCGAUCAAGCCAGCAGAAAGGGCGAGGAGACAGGCUCUUGCUACGAUUUGGAGCGGUCGACUACGAAGCUCGCGUGUGGGUGAACAGUCGUGAGAUUGGCGGCCAUCGAGGCGGCCAUGUGCCCUUUGAUGUGGACAUUACGGAUGCAGUUGAUCAGGCUGGCACGAGCGAGCACCGAGUUACGAUCCGGGUGUUCGAUUCUGCAGGCGAUUUGACUCAGCCGAGGGGCAAGCAGUACUGGGGUGCGAAGCCGGAGAGUAUCUUUUAUACGCCCUCGGGAGGGAUUUGGCAGUCGGUGUGGCUGGAGGUUGUGCCUCGGGCGAGGAUUGCUGAUAGCUCGUAUGGAACGGUGCUUCGAUCUAAUGAGAUAGAUUCGGGAGUUUUGCAAUGCCAUGUUGCUGUUCUUGGUCGAAGGGUGGGACAGGAUAUGAGUGUGGAAAUUGAGAGUUCGUUUGGGGAUGUGGUGGUGUCGAAGUCGCAACGGAUGGAGCUGCCUCGAUACAAGGACGCGGUUGACAUUGAACUUGGGAUGCGUCUUUCUGAAAACCAGAGGUCAAGUCUACCAAAGGAUGUUCUUGAUGGUGCUCCUUUGCACAGUACAGACUGCUGGAAGGAUGGAGUGGCACUUUGGUCACCAGAGCAUCCGCUCCUCUACGACAUUACCUUUACACUUAUCGAUCAAGCGACUGGACAUGUCGUGGAAACAGUCAAAACAACAACCGGAAUGCGAUCCAUCGACUGGAAAAAAGGAGAUGGCCUCUGGCGCCUCAACGGCAAGCCGUACUUUCAAGCCCUCUGCCUCGACCAGGGUUACUGGCCGGAGACCUUUAUGACAGGCACGUCUGCCGAGAUCAAGCGAGACAUUGAGCUAGCGAAGAAGAUGGGCUUCAACGGCUGUCGAAAACACCAGAAGAUCGAGGGGCCCUUGUUUUACUACUGGGCCAAUAAACUCGGGUAUUUGGUGUGGGCGGAGAUGGCAAACGCAUACCAAUUCAGUCGCGAGUACGUCGACCGCUUCAACCAGGAGUGGACUGAGUCGGUCAAAUUGGCCAUGAAUCAUCCCUCGGUCGUGACGUGGACGCCCGUGAAUGAAAGCUGGGCGUACACUGCGCUUCAUGACAGCGUCGAGCAGCGCGAUCACAUUCGAGCGCUGACUCUUGAUUCUACGCGCAGCAUUAACGAUAAUUGUGGAUGGGAGCACGUUCACACGGAUCUAACCACGUUCCAUGACUAUAGUGACGGUCCUGAACUGGUCAAGACGUGUGCCAGCCUAGACGCCAUACUUGACAAGAAGGCAGAUCGGCACAUGUUUGUCCCUGCUAUUGAGGGUGACGAUGGCGCGAGGCACACUCCCGGCGCACCGAUUAUGUGCACCGAGUUUGGGGGUGUUAAUAUUGCGGCGUCGAAGGGCGAAGCGAGUGAGCGGGAUUGGGGAUAUACUACGGCGAAGGACUCUUCGGAUCUUUUGGCUAGGUUUGAGAAGUUGGUGAGGGCGGUGACGGACGGUGGACAUUGCUGUGCCUUUGUGUAUACGCAGUUGUCGGAUAUCGAGCAGGAGGUUAAUGGGUUGUAUACGUUUGACCGGAAGGAGAAGCUGAGCGCGGAGAAGGUGAAGGGUAUUAUCGAUGAGGCUUUGGAGGGGUGGUAUAAACGAGUUGGAGUUGGACGAGGUUGA